GAAAGCACAUCGACACAGAAAGACGUGAGCUGGACGCUAAUAAGUCAGUCUUAUUAUUUGUUCUCCAGUUUGAAAUAUUUACGUCGUAUAAAAUACAUCUUUGAUUCUUGAUUUAAGGAUAAAGUGGUCUCUAUGCGCUAGAAGCACUGUGCCGCUUCUCGUGCUAUCUUUGCUUGUUAGUUAGCUUAGCUGGCUAGUUAGCUUAGCUUGUUAGCUGCUAACAGAAGACACAGAAGUUAUCAACACAUCACUAAGUAGAGAUCAAGUGUGAGAGUAAAGUGUUGUGAUUGUGUGAAAAUGUCUACAUUACAAAUGUUGAGAGCGUUGGUGGAUCAGCGACUAACUGCUGCCGUUGAAGAAAUAUUUGUAGUGUUAGAAAGAACGAUAGCAGAAUACGAGGCGGAACUUUCUAGAACAAAGGAGGACAACUAUCAACUACUGGACGCUGUUUUCAAGAAACAUCAAGUUGUGUUACACAGAACAGACCUCGAUGAAGAACAUCUACCUCAUGAGCAGGAGAAGGAACCACAGUCCCCCCACAUACACAAGGAAGAAGAGGUACCACAGUCCCAACACAUCAAAGAGGGAGGAGAGGAGCCACAGUCCCCCCACAUUAAAGAGGAAGACGAGACGCCACAGACCCAUAAUGUUAAACUGACCCUUCACAUUAAAGGGCAAGCGGAGGACCCACUGAUCUUACACAUCAAAAAGGAAGAGGAGGACCCACUGACCCCUCCCUUUAAGGAGCGAGAGAACACGCUGACCAAUCCAUCCAUUUUCUACCGCUUAUUCUCUUUCAGGGUCGCGGGGGGCGCAGGCGCCUAUCUCAGCUACAAUCAGGCAAAAGGCGGGGUACACCCCGGACAAGUCGCCACCUCAUCGCAGGUAGACAGACAACAUUCACACUCACAUUCACACACUAGGGCCAAUUUAGUGUUGCCAAUCAACCUAUCCCCAGGUGCAUGUCUUUGGAAGUGGGAGGAAGCCGGAGUAUCCGGAGGGAACCCACGCAUUCACGGGGAGAACAUGCAAACUCUACACAGAAAGAUCCUCAGUCUGGAAUUGAACCCAGGACUACAGGACCUUCGUAUUGUGAGGCAAACUCACUAACCCCUCUGCCACUGUGAAGCCCACACGCUGACCCCUCACAUUGAAAAGGAAGAAGAUGAUCCACUGACCCCUCACUUUACGAAGCAAGAGAACACGCUGACCCAUCCAUCCAUUUACUACCGCUUAUUCUCUUUCAGGGUCGCGGGGGGCGCAGGCGCCUAUCUCAGCUACAAUCGGAGCAAGAGAUCCCGCUGACCCCUCAGAUUAAAGAGGAAGAGGAGGACCCACUGACCCCCUACUUUAAAGAGGAAGAGGAGGACCAAGAGGCGCCGCACAUUAGAGAGGAAGAGGAGGAAGAGGGCAUCAGUCAGCCUUAAUGGUUGGAGGAGUUCCCAGUGACUGGUGUCCCUGUGAAGAGUGAAGAUGAUGAGGUGAAAGGUGAAAGUGAGGAGAGGGGAGGGGGGGAGCCUCCAAGCAGCAGCUCAACACAACACAUGACAACAGAAGCUGAUGGAGACCACUGUGGAGGAUCACAAGCAGACAAGCUCUUAGCUCCACUAUCAGAUAGUGAGGACACAACGUCACACUCUCCUGACACUGAUGAUGAAGACUCUAAAGAUGAUAAGACAUGUCACACUGACAACACUCACUUCAAAUGUUCUCACUGUCACAAAACUUUUAAAUACCAUUGUCGUCUGAAAAGACACAUGAGAACACACACUGGAGAAAAACCUUUUUCAUGUUCAAUCUGCGGUAAAGAUUUUACUCAGAGGCCAGAUUUUAAAGUACACAUGAGAACACACACUGGUGAAAAACCUUUUAUUUGUUCAAUCUGUCGCUUAUCUUUCGCAAGGAAGGGAUAUUUGAAAGUGCACAGGAGAACACACACUGGUGAAAAACCUUUUUCCUGUUCAAUCUGUGGUAAAGGUUUUACACAAAGUCUGAGUUUGAAAAGACACAUGAGAAGACACACUGGUGAAAAACCAUUUUCCUGUUCAAUCUGUGGUAAAGGUUUUACACAAAGUCUGAGUUUGAAAAGACACAUGAGAAGACACACUGGUGAAAAACCUUUUUCCUGUUCAAUCCGUGAUAAAGGUUUUACACAUAGUACAGAUGUGAAAGUACACAUGAAAACACACACUUGUGAAAAAUCACAUUCCUGUUCAAUCUGCAACAGAAGCUUUAGUCGACAAUCAACCCUUGUAAGACACAUGAGAACACACACUGGUGAAAAACCUUUUUCCUGUUCAAUCUGUGGUAAAGGUUUUACACAAAGUCUGAGUUUGAAAAGACACAUGAGAACACACACUGGUGAAAAACCUUUUUCCUGUUCAAUCUGCAACAGAAGCUUUUGUGACCGAUCAACCCUUGUAGCACACAUGAGAAGACACCCAGGAGAGAAAGUGUUGAGUUGCAGUGUGUGUGGUGAAAGAUUGUCUUCUAAGUACCAGUGUAAGAAACACAAGUGUGCUGGUGAGAACAGCAGCAGCAAAUGAAACUGCAGGAUUUGAAAUAAACUGUCCAGACUUUCA